CCGUCCGGUCACCCGUCGCGUCUCGUCUCAUUACUGUCCGCCGUAUAUGCGUCCGACGAAGACGUGCACGACACGGUAACGCGCCGUAACGCUACGCAGCCGCCGCCGACCAGAUCGUCGACACCACCGCGAUUAGUCGGGCACCGGCGCAGCCUCCGCGCGUAUCACGGCGGCCAACGUACGGGCGAAUCGCGGCCGCGGUGGUGGUGGCUGCUCCGCCGCGAUGCCGUCAUCGCCGCCGCAGCCGGCUGCACUGCUGGUGCUGUUGCUGCUGACCGCCGCCGCCCGCGAUGGACUCGCGGCACCGGACAUCACCAUGUCCAUACACGGCGACCUAGCCGGCACCGGGACGCCGAACUCUUUCACGGUCAAUCAGGUAUAUACUUUAAUAUCUAAUAUCGAAUUCAGACUUAGAGAUUUGUCAAAUACAUUAAGACGCGACCAACAAACGGAAAGAAUCAAUUCCAGGAUGGACAUAAUAUUCAACAAGCUCAGUCAUUUAGAAGUGUCCAACGAAAUGUGGUUCGAUAAAUUUCAACAGUCGGUGAUGGAGGAAUGUGGUCCGAACCACAUGACCAGACGUCUCGACAAGGCUCAACAACAACUAGAGAUUACAUUAGAACAUAUGGAGACCACACUACAGACUGUGCAAAAUCAUCAGAAAGAACUGGAGAAAGAACUCAAAAAAGUGGUUGACAAACAGACAGAACUAUCCACUGACAUUCAAACUAUGCGAAAAGAUAUGAACUCUGAGUUUGAAAAACACAAUUCUAAUCAGAUUACCUACAGGAAACAGUUACAAGAUACUAUUGCAAAUUUAUCUCAACAAUCGAAAAUCACAGAUCGAUCGUUGAGUAUUUGUUCGUGUAAUCAAGACAGCGAUUCCAGUCAAAUUCCAGACACAAUAACCAACAAUAAUAAACUAACGACAACGAUAAAUAAUAUGUACAAUGGGCUCAAAGAACGUUCAGAUCACAUAAGCAUCUCACUCAAGGAGUUGGUUGAAAACACUGACAAGUAUCGGAGGAGAUUGGACUCUGAUAGACGAGGCGUGAUUAACGAAUUUUUGGACAGUUUUUUGGAAGCAGCCAUCGACAAAAUAACAACAAUCCAGAAAAAUUCAGAAAAUGAACUUGAAGUUAAAUUCAAAGAGCACUUGCAACUACUCAUAGAUGGACAAAACUUGUUCAUGGACAAUUGUCACCGGUUGCAAUCAAACGAACGACAAAUCGAGAAUGACAUGGUCGACAUAUUGGAAAGGAUAUUAGACCGGAUUGAUAACAAAAGUAAAUCCGACGAAAUAACCUUGGAACAAAUACCGAAAACGUUGAAAACCCAAAGCGGUCUGGAAGAGAAAAUGUUCGCGGAACUGUCGGAACUCAUCAAGACACAGUCUGAUCAGGUGACUAGAACGGUAGCUUACUCUACCAACCAAGUGUUAAAAUUACACCAGGACUUAACGAACAUUUCCAAGGCUCUGAUGACCGUUAACAACGGUGGUGGACUCAGCAAUGUCACUGUUACAACGACGGAUAACUACAAACUACCUUUGCACAACAUCAGCAACAGCAAUAACAGUAACCUGUCAACUUCAAAAAACAAGUCCAUCAUAGAAAAACUUUCAACGACAAUGCCUAAACAAAACCGUUCUCCACAUGAUUAGAAUAAAAAGAAAAAAGGCAUUAAUAAUACAAUAUGCACUAAUGUCAUUAAUUUUGGCAAAUACAUAUAAUUAUAUUAUUAUAAUAGUAUAAUACUUAAUACUAUUUAUUUAUAUUUAAUAAAAAUAAAUAAACUUAAUAAUUUUGAUCAUUUA